AUGCAUACACCCCAACCCUGGUUGGGAUCGACAUUUGUUUACAUUCUCGGUCGACGAACCUUGCCAGGUUACUCUGAGCUUGAAACUUGGGAAAGACACCAAAAAGUUUGUUUACGCGUCAUUUUGUUUCAAGCCAUGGAAGCACUUUUCCUUCCUCUUCCAUUCACACAACAGGUGCGCCCUGAGAAGUCCUCGAUCGUCUUCGACAAUGGACUGAAUCGUUGGAAGCCCUCAGCCAUGGGGGACUGCAUGAUAAUGGACAACAUUGAUAUCAUGUCUUCUGUUUGCUCUCGCAACGGUGCUCAUCUUGAUACCGUCAACAUCGCAAGUGGCUACAUGGUUGCCCGCUGCAACGCACCUGCCACAAGCAUCAACAAUAUUCGGGCGAGCAUUUUGGGUGCGCUUGUUCGCAUCGAGCAUCAAGUACUGCCGCUGGACUCUCAUUUCGUUUACGUGGAGGGUGGCAAUUUGACAAUUGUGCCCCAGUUCGCCCAACAGCUGGAGAAUCUGGGACGCUUCUGCAAUGUGGCCAUUGUCGUGACACGAAAUGGGUUUGACCAUGAUCUCCACAUCUACGGCGACAGCGAUGCUGCCAUAUACGCUCGGUAUCGCGCCAAAGUCCUGCUGGAGCAUAUUUAUGGUCAGUGUAUCGCUCCUCUUGAUGUGCCCUACAGCAUGCAGCCGCUUCUGUGUGGGCCAAGAAAAGUUCACUUGCUGCACAUUUUCAGCCAGACUGGGGUUAACGUGUACACUGUACCCCAGUUACUUGAGCUGCAAGGAACAAUUGAACCUAUCAACAGGUCUCUGGAUGAAAUUUUCUUGGUAGGAGAUGCCAUCCAGGUGCAAAUCGCCAAAAAGCUCGUAGCGAAUAUUUUCGAGCGUACUGAUACCAUUUUCAAAGAUGUACACGUUAGCCGUGCUGCCUUGGAGUGUCUCGUGAUGCAUUUCAGAUCUGAAGUUGAGGAAAUCAUGACCGAUCUGGCGACGUUCAUCCAGCUACCUCUUCUCACGGCUGAAGUUCCUAUCGUUCGCGUGUUAGGGACUAAUAGAUCGAGCAUUGAAUGUUCAAUUCAGCGCCUGAUGGUGCUUUGCUGCAAAGUGUACACUGCCCGUCUCGAUUUGCAUGACGGUAAGGCCCUCGCGAAGGCGUCAAUUACCGAAAAAGAUGUGCUGGGAGCCGCCGAACAUGGUGCAACUAUUCUCAGUUUCCACAACAGCUCGUUCUUGAUGUCUGGAACUAGCGAUCACGUCAAGGCAACAAUGCGGGCCAUCCAAGCAUUACCCCAAGUCACCAACUUCAAACAGCAGCCUGUCUUUGAUCUUGAGCUAGGAAAUGAACUCAAAGAUUUCAUUGCCGGCAAAAAAAUGGGCAAGAUUUCCCGAAUCGUUUCUCAAACUGGUUCUUACAUCUGGUUCAGUCCCCUACACGACUACAACUUCCAUGUGCAUGUGACUGCGAAGACGUUAAGCAGCUGUGUGGAGGCACUGAAACUUCUUGAAGAAGAACUUCCAGCUGAAAAAUGGCUGUACGUUCCAGAGCCUUACCACAAGCAGGUUAUCGGGAGUGGUGGUACUCGAAUCCAGUCUCUGAUGCGAAAAUACAAUGUCUACAUCAAGUUUAGCAGCUCGGGAGACAAGAUCCCCAAUGCAUUUGGGCAAGCACAGAUCGAUAAUGUCCUUAUCAGAUGCCCAGCAAAGAACAAGGCCAUGCUAGCUUCCGCAGCUGAAGAACUCUUGGAAACUGUCGACCAAUAUGCUAGAGAGCACCAGUCAAUUCUGAUCCGUGUUCCUAGAAAUCAUAGACGACUACUUCUCUCGGAAGCCACUAACGCCAUGCGAGAUAUUGAAAUCGGAAAUAAUACCCUGAUCAAUUUGCCGUUGGAGGAGUCCCGGAAUACUGAGCUGGUGCCAGUUACUGGUAUGGGCAACUCUGCCCAAAACACAGUGGAGGCGCUAAAGCAGUUUGUUCCAAUUGACUAUGAAUUCCGGGUCGCUAUGGGUCGCAAAUUUGAUCAGGCCGUUGGUGUCGGGUCCGACUUUGCCGCUAAAGUGGUCGCACCAUUGUGCAUUGCAUUCAAUGCCCAGAUCCAAGCGUUUGAGCGCGUUCAAAUGCAAAAUGACUCCUGCAUUUACUCACAAAUUGUUGUCUCAAUAUCUAGAAAGAACGAGGAGGCUCUCCCAAAAAUCGCCGACAUCAUUACUGCAUACCUUCGAGAUAACGGACUGGACAUCAUCGACAAGGGCCCCCUUCACACAGACCCCGUCGUCGAGUCAAAACCAGUCAAAACACUCACGAGCCAGAGUACUUCGUCCAACCCCAGUCUUCUUGGCGACGUUUCUAUGGAAACUUAUGACAGUCCGGUGAAGAAUCCAGGUAAGCCCCAAGGUGAUAUUUUCACGAGCUUUUUCCACGGUGGAAUGCUGCCUGCCGCGCCGAAAUGGGGAACUCCCCGCCCUAAAACUCGGAUCAAUCGCUAA